AUUUAUAUGGGAAAGGCUAAUUCAUAUACAUCGAUGGAUUUGACAAACAUUUAGUGAACUUUUUUGGAAGAUACCUUUACUUUUUAACGCAUACAAUUAUACUUUUUGAAAUUAACCAUGGAGUUAACAAGCCUAAUAAAAGGUCAACAAGAGUUGUUUGAGCAGUUAAGAAAAGCUGAGCGUAAUCUUAGGAAAGCCAACCAAGAGAUGCGGUCAAAAUAUAGUUAUUUGACUGCUAGAAUGGAAGCGUUGGAUAAAUUAGGAGAUGCUUUUAGUCAAAAUCACUUGGAGAUUGUUGCAAAUGCCUCAACAGAGCAGACACUACAGUUACCAUAUUUUAAAGAUGAUAUGCAGGACAACUUUCAGGAAUUUUACAUACAAUAUAAAGCUCUUCUAAAGGAAUAUAUAACACUUACAAAUCCAACCACCAUGGCUACAAAGACGGCUACGAGCAGCACGAGUACAGUGACAAAUGUGAACAGCUUAGAGGUUAAAUUACCUAGGAUUGAGCUUCCUAAAUUUUCUGGGAAAUAUACCGAGUGGCAAUCCUUUUUUGACAUGUUUGUCUCACUCAUACACGAGAAUACCACACUUGCGCCAGUACAAAAAUUACACUACUUAAAAUCUAACUUAUCAGGAGAACCAGAAAUGUUAUUGAGAAACUUUCCUACAACAGCUGCUAAUUACACGGAAGCCUGGGAACAACUGACUAAACGCUACAACAACAAGAGGUAUAACUGUAAUUCAAUUAUGAAGACUUUAUUUGGACAAAAACCUAUUCAGAAUGAAUCUGCCAGUGCCAUCAGACUUUUGCUAGACACUACAACUUCUUGUUUGAAAGCACUCAAUAAUCUUAGCAUCAAGACUGAUCAGUGGGACGCUAUAAUCAUUCACUUAGUAGUUUCAAAGUUGGAUCAUGAGUCUCAUCGACAGUGGGAACAAGAAGUAAGUAAGACUUCAGACGAGCUACCUACUUGGUCACAAUUGGAAACAUUUUUAGAAACAAGAUUUAGAAGUUUGGAAAUGAUUGAUAGUAAACAGACGAGUAGCACUAAACCAACACAAAAGAAGAACAUACAUCAAGAAGUACGAGUAAAAACUAAGGCAUUUCAUUCUGCAAUAGAAGAGAAAGUGAGCACUACUGAACCGAUCUGCGCGAUGUGUGAUGGGUCACACUUCAUUUAUUACUGUGCUGAAUUUAAGAAGUUACCUGUAAUUGAGAGACAGAAGAUAGCAGAAACGAAGAAGCUAUGUUUCAACUGCAUGGCGCCUACGCAUCCUGUAGUUAGGUGUCACCAGAGAACUUCUUGUCGCCGGUGCCGUCGAAAGCACCACACGGUGCUCCAUUUCGAGAAAGAGGAUAAGCAAGAGCACAGUACAUCGAAACUAAACGAGAAACAGGCAGAACAACCUACCAACGAUGAGACAACUGUGGUUGCUAAUUUUUCUAGAGGCGAUUUGAGAACUUACAAUGUGUUGUUACCUACUGCUAUUGUAAAAACUAUACCCACAACCGGAUCGCAUGCUCUUAGAGCGUUGAUAGAUCAAGGCUCUCAAGCCUCUUUUGUUAGUGAAGAUACUGUACAAUUACUAGGUCUUAAGCGUACUAAUGUUAAUGAAAAGGUGUCAAGUUUGGGAGACGGUCAGCUAAGUAUUAAACAUGCGGUUAGUAUUAAAGUCGAGUCACGUUACGAACCUGGAAAGAAUAUGACUGUUAAUGCUUACGUUAUUAAAUCACUUACCUCUUUAUUACCGUCGCACGAAGUACAUAUCCCCGAUUGGCAGGAGCUGAAAAACUUACCUCUCGCUGAUCCUGGAUUCGCAUCGCCUGGAAAAGUUGAUCUACUACUCGGUGCAGACGUGUAUGGAGAAAUGUUACAGAAAGGAUUUAAGAAGAGCCCGUAUGGAAAUCUUAUAGCCCAGAACACUAUAUUUGGAUGGAUUGUGUCUGGAAAAAUGUCAAAAGAUUUACAUAGUGAAACCAUUACUAGUUUACAUAUACAAAUAAAGGAAGACAAGUUACGAAGAAAUUGGGAAAUAGAUAACGAGAUUAACACUACUAAGAGAAAAACAACUAGAGAAGAGAAACUUAGAGAAGAGAAACACAAGAAAAAUAGAAUACGAGAAGAUGGAAACCCAAUAAUGAAUUUACCGUUUAAAACUACUGAGCUGCAAUGUCAAGAUGGUAAAUCAUGUGACAUUGAUACGAGAAAAGUAUAUUCGUUAGAGAGAAACCUGAGAAAUAAUACUACACACGCUGACGAACAUACCACGUUGGAGAAUUAUGAACUUUGGAAGAGUGGACCUGAUUUUCAAUAUAAACGAGAGAUUAGUUUAAAGAAGAUUAUACACAAAGAAGAAAGAGUGAAAAUCCCCACCAGACGAGUUGAAUCAACCCUUACAGCCUUACACUAA